AUGACAGACAUCAUAGCCGACCAGGCGCCGCCAGCCCUCACCGUGCCAUCGGAAAAGGAAAAGAAAUAUGACCGCCAACUCAGGCUUUGGGCUGCGAGCGGGCAAGCUGCUCUGGAGUCUGCCAACAUCUUGCUCGUGAAUUCCGGCACGGGCACUGUAGGUGUUGAAACACUCAAGAAUCUCGUACUUCCAGGAAUUGGAAAUUUCACGAUUGCUGAUGAUGCCGUUGUGAAUGAGGCUGAUCUUGGCGUCAACUUCUUCCUGGACGAGUCCCAUCUCGGCAAGUCCAGGGCCCAGAGCUGUACUGAGCUUCUGCUAGAGCUCAAUCCUGAGGAAAAUACGGGCCUCCAGGAGCUUCUUAAAACCUCCAACCCCUUCACCAUCAUCUUGUACACACUUCCCAUGAAACAAGAAGACCUCACCGUACUCGAGUCGUACAGCCGAGAGCACAAGGUGCCAGUGAUCGCGAUACACUCUGCGGGUUUCUACUCCUAUUUCAGCACUCGUCUUCCAGGCAUCUACCCCAUCGUCGACACUCAUCCUGACGUUACAGCCAUCACGGACUUGCGGCUAUUCACCCCGUGGGAAGAGCUGGAAGCCUUUGCCGACAGCCUGACGAAAGAUAUUGACAGUCUCGAUAGCCAUGAACACGGCCACCUGCCAUUCGUUGUUAUUCUCCUACACUACCUGAAAGAAUGGAAGUCAUCUCACGACUCUAAGCCCCCGAGCAACUAUAAGGAAAAAGUCGAAUUUCGCAAGACGGUGGCCGCUGCUACGAGAACAGACAACCCUGAAGGAGGUGAGGAAAACUUUGAGGAGGCUGAAGCUGCCGUGUUGAAGACUAUUUCGCCACCGUCACUCCCUUCUGCCGUCAAGGAGGUCUUUGAGUACAAGCAUGCCGACGAGAACGAAGCCACCUCUAGCUUCUGGAUCAUCGCAGGAGCGGUCCGUGACUUUUAUGAGAAGCACGGCUGUUUGCCAGUACCGGGCGGCCUCCCAGACAUGAAGGCCCAAACUAGCGUAUAUGUUGAGCUUCAGAACAUCUACAAGGCCAAGGCCCGCAAAGAUGCGGCCGAGGUGCUUGAAUCGGUCCGUCAGAAAGCCGGUGGCGAGGGCGUCGACGCAGCCGAGGUCGACUUGUUUUGUAAGAAUGCGGCCUUUGUCAAGCUGGUCGUCCCUGCAAGUGGCGGGCCCGAACAACUACGUAGCGUAGCAGGUGAGGAACAUCUCCACGAGGAUUGCCACAGCCGGUGCUCACACAUUGCAUUUACAGCGCAGGAAUUUGCCAACGACGAAAUGGCCAAGGAGGGCGUGGUGCCACUGUCGCUAUUCCCAAUCUAUCUCGCCCUCCAGUCCACGUCACACACACCCACGGCAUCUUCGGAUGAGAUUCUAGACAAGAUCAAGACACUGCUUCCAGACUGGAGCGACAACGAGCGGCUCGCGCAGGCGGCGCAAGAGGUAGCCAGGUCUGGCGGUGGAGAGCUGCACAACGUUUCCGCCGUGACAGGCGGUAUGGUGGCUCAGGAGACGAUCAAAAUCAUCACGAACCAAUACGUACCCAUCGAGAACACCUGCAUAUUCGACGGCAUCGCAAGCCGAUGCCAAAUUCUUCGUCUCUAG